UCGGCGCUUGCUCCCUGGCUGGCGCUCCUCAGUCGGCCGCUGCCUGCCUGUCGCCGGGCUGGGAGCGCCUGUGUGUGUGAGUGACGCGGCGGAGGUGUAGUUUGACGCGGUGUGUUACGUGGGGGAGAGAAUAAAACUGCGGCGAGAUCCCAGGCGCGAACGAAAGCAGUGACGGAGCAGCCUGGUAACCGGUAACUAAAUGACCAUGGAAUCUGGAGCAGAGAACCAGCAGAGUGGAGAUGCAGCCGGUACAGAGGCAGAAACCCAACAGAUGACAGUACAGGCACAACCACAGAUUGCAACGUUAGCCCAGGUAUCUAUGCCAGCAGCUCAUGCAACAUCUUCUGCCCCCACGGUGACCUUAGUUCAGCUGCCCAAUGGGCAGACGGUUCAAGUGCAUGGAGUGAUUCAGGCUGCCCAGCCAUCAGUUAUUCAGUCUCCACAGGUCCAGACAGUUCAGAUCUCCACCAUAGCAGAAAGUGAAGAUUCACAGGAAUCAGUAGACAGUGUCACAGACUCACAGAAACGAAGAGAAAUCCUGUCCAGACGACCCUCCUACAGAAAAAUUUUGAAUGACUUGUCCUCAGACGCCCCAGGAGUGCCAAGGAUCGAAGAAGAAAAGUCAGAAGAGGAAACAGCAGCACCUGCCAUCGCCACUGUCACGGUGCCAACUCCCAUUUACCAAACCAGCAGUGGGCAGUACAUUGCCAUCACCCAAGGAGGAGCAAUCCAGUUGUCUAACAAUGGCACAGAUGGAGUACAAGGUCUCCAGACAUUGACAAUGACCAAUGCAGCUGCAACCCAGCCUGGCACCACCAUUUUACAAUAUGCACAGACCACAGAUGGACAGCAGAUACUGGUACCCAGCAACCAAGUUGUUGUACAAGCUGCCUCAGGAGACGUGCAGACCUACCAGAUCCGCACGGCCCCGACCAGCACCAUCGCUCCAGGAGUGGUCAUGGCGUCCUCGCCCGCGCUGCCCACCCAGCCGGCAGAGGAGGCCGCGCGCAAGAGGGAAGUGCGUCUGAUGAAGAACAGAGAGGCAGCACGUGAAUGUCGCAGGAAGAAAAAGGAGUAUGUGAAAUGUCUAGAAAAUCGAGUGGCUGUGCUUGAAAACCAAAACAAAACACUGAUUGAGGAGUUGAAAGCACUUAAGGACCUUUACUGCCACAAAUCAGAUUAAUUUUGGAUUCUCAUUUUCACUUGUCCAGGUGGGAUAGAGACUGGUUCUGGUUAUACCCAGAAAGACAAAGUAAACUUUUUAUUUUCUAAACAUUUCUUUUUUUCUAUGCGCAAAACUGCCUGAAGCAACUACAGGAUAUACUUCAUCUGUGCUUUGCAUCAAACUGUGAAUGUUCAAGUACUUGCCUCCACUUCUCCCCUUACAAGAUGAAUUUCAUCAUCAGUCUCAGCAUGAAGAAGAACAGGCUUCUCUCUCGUCUCCCGAUCCUCUUCAAGGAAUAACAAUGGUCACUUGGGAAGUUACUGUGGGGAGGGUCCUUUUGUAAAAUGUCAAGGAUUUGUGCUGAGCUCUUUCCAUUGCCUUAGAGACAGAGCCACCCCAGCCUCUUGGUCCAGAGAGCAGUGGGCCACACAGGUGGAGCAUGUCUGGUGCAAUGAAGAAGCAGUGGUUGCCACACUGGUUUGACACGUUCCUGCUGAGCUGUACCAAUACAUGGCUGAGCAGCAUGCCAGACCAAGGGCACCUCACUGCCAUGUUCUUGGUGUGGAGAGAACACACCUUCUUCAGACUAGCCCAGGAGGGGCUUUGAUCUGCAAUUAUCUGUAUUAAGCCCUCCUGGACUAGUAAAACAUUCUCCAUACUUGAGAAACAAAUGCAUUGAAAUGAGCUUCACUGGUCAGUUGUUGAUUCUCAUGGCUUAUGUGUGCAAGUGCGUUCAGCGUUCUGAAUGCACGGAAAACAGACACCAACUUCAUAGGAUAUGGGUUGGGGAAUUAUAUUUGGAUGGGAAAGAAAAUUUUAAAAAAGAUGCAGUUGUGAUGUUCUGUAAACAGGGGUAACACAUUACAGCACUACCUAUUUGUAUGCACAACAACUAAGCAGUUGAAGCAUAGCCAACUCCACUUAAGUACUCUCUGAAGACAGUAUGGUCUGUGUCUCAAGUCCUCUCAAGCAAUGAGGUUGUUUUUAUUUCCCUACCACUGUCUUAUGCAAUGGAAAUUAUUGUGCUCAAUAGAAAUAUCAGCCUGGUUUGCUAAAUUCUUUUUUGAACUUUGAGGCUGCCUUCUAUACAUAAAUUAAAUUUCAGUAUAACUACUAGGACAACCUCAAAUAUUCAAGAGGACUUCAAACACGAAUAUUCCAACUCCUGCUUUGAAAGGGAAAAUACUGAUUAUUUGAACCUGGCCAGAUUAGCUAAACUCUUAAUUUAUUUGGGAUAUUUUUUCAUGGAAAGGGUCAGAUUUACUGAGUAAUCUAUUCCUGCCACUGAAAUUACUUACGUGCCUCAGAUGUUUGCAAGAUCAGGUUUUUUUUUCUGUGCACUUAGGAACUGUGGUCUUUCCCAGAUUUAUGGUGUUAAAAAAGGUAGUUCAUAUUUAAAAAAACCUCUGUACUAAGCAUUAGGACUUCAAAAGAAUCAUGCUCAAAAAGAACCAAAAAAGAUCCUCAAGAAGUUGUCAAAAAGAAUGUGUCCAAAAGAAUCAUGUGCUGUUUGUGUACUGGCCCUCUGAAGCCAGUCUGUCACUGUGUUUACUCGGGUCAUUUGAUGGAGUAAGUUUACUUUGUGCUUCUGGUCAAACUUCUAUGUAUAGAAACAUAUGGAUGAGGCUCUGGUCUAUACCAGUGCCUUGCCUAGCAGAGUAUUAGCUAAUAUUUUUUCCCAUUCACUCUAUAUCUAUUUAAGAUAAAUUUCAUACACAGGCUUCUAAAAGGUUGUACAAUCAGUGUGACGUUAUAAGGAAAAUACUUGGAAGACUCUGGGCAGUUGAGUCUCAAACACCUAAGCAGUAUUAAAAGUUCUAGGUUUCUCAUUUGAGGGGCAUUCAGUUUCCAAGAGACUUAAUUUAAAAGGAGCAGGGUUAAACUUACAGCAUUAUUGUUACAGCUAGAGUUAUCAAGAAUUUCCAAUUACACUUGUAUUUCAAGAAAAAAGCGUAAGCAUCAGAAAUAUGAAAUAAUUCACUUUCACAAGUUUUGUGGGUGUUUAUAAAUGGUCUAUUUUUAUCUGCCAUAGAGAGUUGAUUUUUUGUUUUUAUUUAAUGGGAGAUGAAGCUGUUAGUUUAGCAGUGCAAAUUUAAAGAAGACCCUAAGUUCUCACCAGUGCUUUUAUAAAAAACUGUUUCUUAAAAUCAGCGAAUACAAAUAUAUAAAACGGUUACAUUUUCCACAACGAGUACUGAAGUAGAAAUGUUGUAAUACAGGAGUCAUUCUUGUAAAGCAUGAAGCUCAUGGUGGCCUCAUUUGCAGUUACAUGGAAUGGUUCCUGCAGCUUUGAGGAACACAGAAACAGCUGUAUAUGCCCACAUUAAGGCUGUUCUGUUUGCAAAAACUGUGAGGUUUUGCUCUGAGAGCUGUGUCUAGUGGGUAAUGAACACUGUUCAGAGCUUGCUGGUAAUCACUGGGCACAAAGCCUGGGGGCUGGAUGGGCAUGGGAGCCUAAAACAGUGCCCAGGUGGGGUUCUCCUAACACACAGUUUGUGCAAACUUGUGUGGCAGCGAGAGGAGAACUGUGUUACCCGUUUGCGUGUGGUCUGCAAGUGGCCUGUCGUGGUUUUAGCCUAGACUUCAUUAGCAAGUACAGUUCCACUGAGAAAAGGAAUGUAAUUCAAAGUACAUAGGGGUCUGCAAGAAUCUUUAUUUUUAUUUAUGCUGCACUGAGGAUUAUGAGACACAAAUUUAUUUAAGGAAAAUUAUAGAUUACAAUAAUAAAAAAAUGUAUUAGACCAAGUACAGGGCUGGCUAGGCUACCCAUACAUGCUUUACUAUUCAUAUUGACCCAAAAAGGGAAAGAAUAUGACACAGGAAUCAGUUCCUAUGUUAUUUACCAAGUAGUGAGGUUGGGGUGAUAAGCUUCUAUAGACUAAGGCUGUUUGGAAGUAGGAUGGAAAUGAUGCUGACAAGGGGGAGGGAGGAUUAGUUUUAUAUCUCACGGUUGUGAGUUUUCAAGAACUGAUAGACUCUUUUACCUGAAGAGAGGGUUAGAAAGGGCUAGAUCCGUUACGUUCAUAAUAAACAAGAAUUGGUUUGAAAUAUAAUUUUUGUAAUGUCAUUAUUUUGCAAAACGACAGCACCAAUCAGGCAGUUAAGAUAUUGUCAAAGGUGCUCUUUUAAUUUAGAUAUUCUUGGAAAAUACAUAUGUAUAAUAUAUGUACAUAUAUAUAUAUAUACACACAGUAUAUAAUCUACAGCUCUGAGAGCUUUUAAGUCAGGAAUGCUGAGUAUUAUAGUAUAUGGAGGUCAGAAAAAGAAUUUUUACUUUUCUGUGUGUCUGGGUGUGUGUGGAUGUGCGUGUGUGUGUGAAAGCUUCCCCUCACCCCAGUAGCUCUGGGCUGCGUUAUUCUAGCUCUUAAUUACUGAUUUGUUUUGUGCUGUCUCUCAGUUACCCAUUUUCAAUAAUUUUAUUUCAUCUUUUGUGGCUUUUGUGAAGUUUGUUUUUUAUUGAUGAAGAUUUUUGAAAUUAUGUAAACAGUUUGUUUUACAACCACCACCACCCAGAGUAAUUCACUUCUGUGCUUUUUUUCUCUUUGGCAGCUAUAUAUCAAAGGCAAAACAUUUGGAAAGGUUGUUAAGGUGUUAUUUUCUAAAGGAACCACUGGUAAGACUUCUGUUUUCCUCCUGAGGUAGUGGUGAUGCAUUCUUCCUUAGGCAGCAAUUUCACCAGCACUGGGUAGUUGCCGGCACCGUUGCUUGUAUUUGAAAGCACAAUUUUAGCCUGUUGUGCUCGUCAGGACUGCUCAGACACCUGUAGUUCUGGCUAGCCUGGAGCUGGCAUUUGCAUUGGAGAUCACUGUCUUCUCUGGUACUUGUAUAUUGGUCAGAAAAUUGGUGGGGUGUUUGGAAUCAUUAAGAGGCUCAGGAAAAAAAAAAAAGAUUUAAUAAGGAAAAACAGCCCUGAUAGUUUCUGACCUAAAUUUGUACCACAGGUUGCUUUUUUUAAAUCUGGGCUUCCAGUAAACUGCAGCAGCAACUAGUCAUCUGUUAGUGAAAACUGGCACCUGCUUUUUUAUUUUGUUUUUUCAUUUAUGGCAGACAGUGCUUUUUGUGGUUUAAAGACAAAUCCACCCAUCAAAGCAAGUUCGAUAUCAGUGGUUGCAAAUCUAUGAUAGUUCAUAGAGGAUUUAAUUGAUUUUGUAAGACCUUGUUUUUAUUGUAAUUUUUUUACCCUGAAGCCUAGUUAGUGAUGUAACAUUUGCCAAUGAUCCAACUAAAAGGUCAUGUAUUUAUUUUUGUUACAAUAUGUUCUUUGUAAAUGUUUAAUUAAAAUGUGCACUUUUAAAGAAAAAAAAAAAAAACAACAAACAAAACACAGAGAAAGAAAAAUUAGGGUAAAUUUGGUUUGCCUGAGAAGAUUUCUGGCAUAAUUGUUGUGAUCCUGCUGCCUGCACACAAUUCACUCCUCCACAGCAGUUGGCUCCUUGGCUAAUUGAAGUUGCAGAUCAGCACCUGGUGCCCAGCAGGCAUUGCUGCUGAAGGGCAGGAGAGCUGAGGGGCAGGAAUCAGGCGUGUGGUGUCUGGAGCAGUAUGUAGAGGAUGGAUGUGAAAUUAUUUUUAGAGUAGAACUAGUUCAGUGAUCCCAUAUGGGAAAGGGAGGU